AUGUCUGGAUCUAGUAGAGACAGAGAUACAGGUCGGAAAUGGGAAUCUGGUGCUUCCAAAAGAAAGAGAAAAGCUGAAAUGAUGCAAGUGAACCAAGCUAUGAGUACUGGUAUGAUGAAAUUUCUAAACAAAACCAGUACAUCAACAACAGCAGACUUAGACGAACCUAAUGCCAAAAUGGAUUUAAAUGAAGGAACUUUAUCCAAUAAAAUUUCAAAAUACAAUAAAGAAUUGACAAAAGAAGUUGAAACUAAGUCUGAUCUUGAAAUUUCUCCGGCAAUAAAUACUUUUGAAAAUAAAGAAAUUACACUUUAUGUUAACUCUAAUAUAAAUAAUAUUUGCGAUUUAGAGAUGCACAAACAAGAAAUUGUUUUAAGUGAACCACUAAUGAGUUUAGACCCAGGGAAAUGGAUGUUUCCUUUAUCAGAUUCACAGCGUCACAAUUUAGUUCAACAUGGUCCUCAACAGAUACUAGAUGUUUGCGAUGAAAAUUAUCCUUUAGACAAUAAUAAGAGACAUUUUUCUAACUUCCACUAUACAAGAAAAUUAAAUAAUGGCGAAACUCAACACCGCAGAUGGCUAGUUUAUACUCAAUCUCAAAAUAAAAUAUAUUGUUUUCCGUGUACAGUUUUUUCUAAUUUACAAACACAAAUGAUUCGUGAAGGAUGUUGUGACUGGAAACAUCUAAGUACAAUUUUGCAAAGACACGAAAUGAACCAAGAGCACAUGGUGUGCAUGAUUAAAUGGGUAGAAUUUGACAAACGAAUUAAACUCGGGAAACAAUAG